ACUGAUAAGUAAGCACCCCUGUCUCCAGGAACGAGGCUCAACCAGUCGCUGUAGUGGGUGGAAAAAUAGUCUAAAAUAUAAAAUGGUUAAUUACAGAACAAAGAUCAGGAUGCCUUGAUGUUGCAGUAAAUGCAGGUAAACGGGGAGGGCAUUCAACAGAAGGAAAACCAGCUAAUAAGAAUAUCAAGAAGGCAAAUAAGGGCGAACUCAACUACUUGCCCAACUUUCCAGAGGGAUGUGAUCAGGCAGCCCUCGAGGGUGCCCGCAAAGACUUGGUUGAUGAAAUGCAAAAGAGAACACCAAAUGGACAACUUGUGAAACAGAAGAUGGACCAGACGUUUGCACUGAGAAGAAAAGAAGUGGUGGAGUCUGAACCUGCCAUAAGCAAGAUGGUGGAACGAUGGCCUGCUCUUUUUACUGAGGAUCAGGUUGUCAUGGAGUUCAACAGGAUUGUGGGCAAGAACCUCAAGCAGGAAUUCUAUGAAAGCAUCGAUCGGCACAGUUUUUGUCUUAUCGAAAUAUUCAGAUCCAAGAGCGGGAACGUUGGGCAGCAGUUGACACAGCUUUUACAACAGACCAAGACUACAGAGCCAACUGCUGUUCGGACAUUGGUGCUCAGAGGGCUUCCCAUUGUCCUUGGUGACAACCCCACAGACUUCUACAGAGCAGGCUUUGACGCUGAUGAUGAUGACUCAUUCCGCCACAUCGAGAUUGGAAUCCUCCAGGUUGAGCCUGAAGGUGCUGCGGUUGCAUCUUCCCUGCAUCUCAGUCCAACCUCUUUGAAGGUCAUCAUUGAGGGAGAAGUUGUGAUGGACAACAUUAAAGACCUUCCUAAAGCGAUGUGCCUUCUGUUUGGACUUUCAUAUGCACUGCAUCUCAACUACCACAAGUCUAUGAAGUUCACAUUCCAGUUCAUCCAACAGGUACUUCUCACAUUGGGCCACAGUGAACUAAAACCAAGGUUACAAACCUUGAAGAACCAGCUUGCAAUGUAAAGAAAUACUAUGUUGGUCUCAUAAGGAGGCCACACACACGCACACGCACGUGCGCACACACACAUACAUACACACACAAAAUCCAUAAGGUGCUCCCAUAUAAAAAACAUUUUAGCUGUGCCUUUUUUUGUCUAACUGUAUCUGUUUGAGUACAAAUGUUUACAUUCUGUUUUGUGUCUAUUGUUAUGAGGAUGAUUUUUCUGCUUGUAUAUAAUGUUUAGGUCUUAGAUGCAGAGUCAGCUUAUCCACCUACUUGUGUUCUACAGUACAGGAUGUAGAAGUGUAUGCUCAGGACUGCAUAUUAGUGCUCACUUCAUUUGAUUUAUUACACGGCUUUAUUGAAUAGUCAAUUUCUUUAUAGCAGACUGUUGCUAUGUUUAAUAUACCGCAGCUAUGGCUGAGUUCUGUCUUCGGACGUUGUAGUGUUUUUGAUUUAAGUAAGUAGCCAUGUAAUAAGCAGGAUAAUGUACAGCUAGCGGGUCAUUGUUGUGAAAUCUACCCCCCUCCCCCGUACCAUUACCGGUUACCUUGUACAUUAUAUAGUUAACAAAGUUAACUCAUUUUAUCCGUUGGAGUUUUAGAGGCUUUUAUACAGUUUUAAUGCCUGUUUAUAUGUAUGCAGUCAUUCACAUGGAUAGAGCAGAUAUUGUUAAUGCUGUGUUCAUAUUUCAAACAAGUUUAUUUGUUAAUAAA